CUACAAACAAACGGACGCUAGGGGAUCUUCAUGACGGCACUCUGCUGAUCGCUCUUCCUCUUUUGCGCUUUUAUUUCUUUUCUUUUAUUAGUUUAUCCCUGCGCGCGCUGGUUAAAUGCGCUGAUUCUAUCGAUCAGCCCGUUUUCUGCCCUCCCGCGUUCCUGUUCUGGAGAGAACCUAUAAUAAUGUCCUAUCCUCAGGGUUACCUCUACCAGCCCCCGGGCUCUCUGGCGCUCUACUCCUGUCCGCUGGCCGCCCCGAGGAGCGAGGAGCUGGCCCGGUCCUCGUCCGGUUCGGCGUUCAGCCCGUACCCCGGAUCGGCGGCGUUCACAGCCUCGGCCAACGGAUUCUCCAGCCCUCUGCCCUAUUCAACAGAUCCAGCCACGGGAUUCCCGUCCUACAUGGGGUCUCCGUAUGACGCGCACACUACGGGAAUGGCAGGAGCCAUCAGUUAUCACCCGUACGGGAGUCCCGGUUACCCGUACCAGCUCAACGAUCCUGCUUACCGGAAAAAUGCCACGCGGGACGCGACAGCCACGUUAAAAGCGUGGCUGCAGGAGCACAGGAAAAACCCUUACCCCACAAAAGGAGAAAAAAUCAUGCUGGCCAUCAUCACGAAAAUGACCCUCACGCAAGUGUCCACCUGGUUCGCUAAUGCCAGACGGAGACUCAAGAAAGAGAACAAAAUGACAUGGGCACCGCGGAAUAAAAGUGAGGACGAGGAUGAGGACGACGCCGAUGGGGAGAGAAAAGACGAACGCACGGAUAAAAACAUGGACAACAGUGAAGCGUCUGCAGAGGACGAAGGCAUCAGUUUGCACGUCGAUGCCCUGACAGAUCACUCGUGCUCGGUGGAAUCGGACGGCGAGAAGGUCACGUGUAGGACCGGGGACCUGGUUUGCGAUUCUGGACCCGAUACCAAGGACAAAUGCGACGCGAGUGAUCUCGACACGGGCCGCGAGGAUAGGCAAAGAGGCCCCUCACCCAAACCGGUGACAUCCUCCCCUCUGACCGGGGUGGAGGCUCCUCUCUUGACCCAUCAUCACCGAGAGGACAACCGAAACAGCACCAACAAAACAUGCCUGGACGGCCAAAACCAAACCGUCAAACCUAAACUCUGGUCAUUAGCCGAGAUCGCCACUUCGGACCCAAAGCAGCAGCAGCAGAACUGUCCCCCGGGCGUUGGCCUUUUGACCUCCACGGCGCCCAGCGCGUCCCCGGCGGGCGCAGUGUACCCCGCCACCUCCAUAUUAGGAAGGCCGCUUUAUUACACCUCGCCGUUUUAUAGUAAUUACACAAACUAUGGCAACUUCAGCCCGCUGCAGGGCCAAGGGAUACUGCGCUAUAAUUCAGCUGGUGAGGGACUCCUGCACAAACAGAGCGGCGAGUCACUGCUAAAGACUAAUCCAAACCAGACUGAACAACAUUUCAGGGCCUCCAAUGCAGAAUCCAAAAAAGACCCCACCGAGGUUUUCACAGUAAGAUCCCAGUCUUACCUGUCGAGUUAAAGACCAGGAAGAUCUUUCAAGUAGGUGUCACAAUUGCUUUGAACAAAGCGAACAAGCCAUCACCUCUCUGUCUCUCUCUCUCUCUCUCUCUCUCUCCCCAAGCUGUUUUAAACUAACAUUUGCUCUUACGCGGAUCCUUUUGUGUGCCACUGUACACGCACGGACUACAGAGCACCUGCCUAUAGAACAAUAACACGUACGAUUGUGGAAAAGGAAAGGAAAGAAAAGAAAAAAAAGAAAAGAAAAGAAAAGAAAAGAAAAAAGAAAAGAGCGAAUUUUUUAAGGCACAAUUCAGCCAGUCUGGUUUGGAUGAACUGUUGAUUUAUUGAUGAAGUACUUUAUCCCAACAUAUGUGACUUUUCGAUGAGGAGACUUAUUUCUCAGGAUCCCUAUAGUAGCUUCAUUGCCACCAGUUGUACACACGCGUGUGGGACAUUCUAGACCUCCUAUCAGACUUUAUGUGCUAGAGGUGUGAAGUGUAAACGAGAACUCGGGACUGGUAUAAACUUGACUAAGAGUGGAAUACAUUUGAUAUUUAUUUUUGUAAUGCCUAUAAUUUAUGCAAGUUGUAUUGCAACGGUAACUGAACAUUGUUUUGUAAAUAAAUUAUGAUUGGUUUUUAUUUAAAAAGCCGAAGUUACACGAUGUUGUUAACAAUGAGACUUUUACUAAUUUAUAUCUCUGAUUGUAAAUAAAAUGCGCUAGUCUGCACUGGCAC